ACAUCUCAGUCCAUUGGCAGGUAGUCAGUUCAGCCACUUCCUCUGAUCAGAGUGAGUGGAAAAAAAUAAGAGUGAAGAAACCAAAAACAACCAGGACAGAAAGAAAGAAAGCCUGUUUUCUACAGAAAGAGAGACAAGGAGGGAGAGUCAUGGACGCACUGAGGACAGGUGUGUUUGUGCUGUUUGUGCUCCUGGAGCCUGUUUCCUGUAAAGAGGUUUUCUUCACUGCCCCAGUCAUCUGCUACUUCCUGGACGGGAUCCUGAUGAUUUACUGCAUCGUUGCCACUGUGUUCUUCUUCAGAGAAAAGUAUUUCUACAACCCCCCUCUGGCUGUUGGAGUGUCUCAGGCAGAAAAUGGAGCCAUUUACCAGGAGCUGGAUAGACCAAAGGAUGCAGAUCCUUACCAGAUGCUUGAACCAGUAAAAGGAAAGAAAAAAGCUGGCAAGAAAAUUAAACCUGAGUUGACUCUGGAUUCAGAGCGGGAUAAAGACCCCUAUGAAUCUUUGGUCCUCACUGCCACAUCUCCACCUCUGUCCCCCCGCUGAUUUCCUGCAUGGUCACUCUUGUGUCAAGAGACAACAUUGCUAAUUACAUCUCAUCAUGAAAUGAUUAGCUGAAUAAUGUUGAUUAGUUGAUCAAAAGACAACAGUAACUACUCAACUCUCUGGAUCCAGCUUUUUAAAAAAUGAGGACUUUUCUCUAUUUUGACAAAUGGUAAAUUAAAUAUCUUUGGGUUUGAGGCUACUAAAUAGACAGAAAGAGUAAUUUGGAGACAUCAAACUGAUGUGUUUCGAGUAUCGUGAUGAGCUUUCAGUAUGUUCUUACAGUUUAUUAAUCAGAUCAUAAAGAAAAUGACAAAUGAAUCAAUAAUGAAAAUAUUUAUCUCUACUGCAAGUUCCUACACUCCUACAGCCACAUAGAUACUGAACUCUUAAAUUUUUUCAUUUACAUAUAAUCCACAAUUUGUCUAAAAACAGUCUAAGCCAGUGGUUCUCAAAGUUUUUUGUGUCAUGCCUCCUUUUAGAAGGCUGAAAAAAGUCACCCGACUCCAGCUAAUGUGGAUUAACAACAGGGGCGACUGAAACCCCCACCCCCGGAAAGAUUAAGAUAGCACAAUAGCCUUGCAUCAGAGCACCCUUUUUUUGUUCAUGCCAUCACGCGAAUCACAUUCAUGCAAAUUUAGGUCUGCUCAACAUCCAUGCCCCCCUGCAGUGGCACUAUGCCCCCCAGUUUGAGGACCAGUGAUCUAGGCCAACCAGUCUUCAAAUCAGUUUUAAGUCAUAUUCUACAUUUACCUUUUUUUGACACUGUAUGAACUCAGUGCAUGUUUUGCCCCAUCAUUUCAAGUCACCCAGUGUAUUAGUUCUGCCUGAUUGUUUCACUAAAUUAUUAUUUUUUUAAAAUAAAAACAGUCUAGCCAUGCUAGCAGCUUCAGAAUGCUGUAAUUAGGCUCAUGUUUGCUAACAUGCUAAUGCUAACAAUGCUAGCAUGCAGAUGUGAAGCAGAUAUAUUUACUAUGUUCAUCAUUUCAUUUAGCAGGUUAGCCUGCAAACAUUUGCUAAUCCACACUAAACACAAAGUACAGCAGAAGCUGAAUAGGAGGUCAUUCGUAUUUACUUAUUUAGACCAUAUGUUGGCAGCAAAGUGUGGCUAAAAAUGUAUGGCUUUUGGCUGCUGUAUUCUCCCACCAGAAGGCUUCAUUGUGUAACUAAACCCCAAUAAAAGACAAAGCACAUGUCAAAACACUUGGAAAA